AUGAGUGUCCACCUCACUCAGGACCAUUCGCAUGGCUGUUUGAACAAAACCCGCUACUGCCCCACAGAGUCGGAUACAACUGCCUUCCCGUCUUGCGCGAUCACUUGCGACAACCAGUUAUUCCUCGACUGCUCAUUGAGCAACAAUACAUCAUGCUUCUGUGCCAGUGACUCUCGUCCCACGGCCUUGUUAGAUUGUGUUGAAAGUAACUGCACGACAAAGGAAUUCUUCACCACAAAACGUCUGUAUGAACAAGAAUGUGAUAUAACACCGCUCGAAGGCCCUCCGGUGGUCAAAGUCUCGACUCUAAUCCCUUUUAUACUUGCGUCGGUUUUCUUCGUCGUGAGAAUGAUCGCCAAGAGCGGCGGCCUCGCUGGUGGAUGGGGUUGGGAUGAUUAUACAAUCAUUGUCUCCUAUAUUCUGGGAGUCGCCAUAUAUGUUCUGGACAUCUACAUGAUCCGCAAUGGCUUCGGUCGAAAUAUCUGGGACCUCCCUUUUCCCACCAUCACCAGAUUCUACCAGUAUUUCCAAGCUAUGGCCGUCAUGUAUAAGGUCCAAAUUUCCCUCGCAAAGAUCUCCGUAUGCCUCUUCCUACUCCGCAUCUUCCAAUCACGCACAUUCCGCUAUUUAGCGUACGCGCUCAUCGGUAUCAACGCCUCGAUCGGUAUCACUUGGGCCUCGGUGGAUGCCUUCCGUUGCGUGCCAACACGCCUGACAUGGACCGGCUGGACGAACGAGGAAUCUGGAUACUGCAUCAAUUUUAUCGUCGCGGUUCUUGUUAACUGCCUGGUGAACAUCUUUGUCGACUUUAUAUUGAUCGUCAUGCCGGUGUACGAGGUGGUCAAGUUGCAGCUGCCUCUGCGAAAGAAGAUAGCCGUCGCAUCGAUGUUUAUCGUGGGAUCUGUUCUAACGAUCAUCGCGAUAAUUCGAGUCGUCGUCUUUUGGAACAACCGCUGGGGUGCCAAUGAGACUCUCUGGCCUAUACCCCCUCAUGCACUGGUCCGUCAUCGAAUGUCAAAUUUCUGUUAUGUGCGCUUGCCUGCCUGCAUCCAGAGCCCUUAUCGGUCGAUGGUGCCCUGGUUUGCUGGGAGGAUCGUCGUACCGAAAGACUGA